GACUCGCCUUUUAGUAACACCAAUUUAAAAUGGCGGGUGAAGUUGAAAAUAUACAGAUGAUUGAAAAAACGCAGACUGUUUCUGGGAUUAAUUUAAACCGACUAAGAGAGAAAGUAAAGUUUUACAUCGAAAAGCAUCAGUAUGAGUCUGCACUGUUCUGGGCUGAUAAAGUUGUUUCACUUUCAAACGGUAACUCUGACGAUGUGUAUUGGUACGCCCAGACAUUAUAUCUGACCGGACAGUUUCACAGAGCCUCACAGCUCCUGAGGUCAAGGAAACUGGACAAGACUAACUCGUCAUGUCGAUAUCUAGCAGCCAAGUGCCACUUUGAAUGUAAAGAGUGGCAGACUGCUCUGAAUAUUUUGGAUAUGGUGGAAAACCAGAGUUACCUCCCUUCAUUUAGUAAGCACAACCUGACAGAGUCAUUGUAUGACCCAAGUAAUAAUAAAGAGGUUGAGCACUCGGUAAAUUUACUGAGAGGGAAAAUAUAUGAAGCCAUGGACAACAGGAACUUAGCGGUGGACUGUUUUCGGGAGGCACUGCGACAGGAUGUAUAUUGUUUCGAGGCGUUUGAUAUGAUGGUUCAUCAUCACAUGCUUUCUGCACAGGAAGAGCGCGAGUUACUUGAUACCCUCCCAUUUGCCAUACAAUGCCCUGUCGAAGAAGUGGAACUAAUCCGAUAUUUGUAUGAAAAUAGAGUUAAAAAGUAUGAUAAGCCAAAGGACCACCGAGUUCCGGGGUCAUUGUCAUGUUUAAAUGAUAACAUGGACAUUGUGGUCAACUUAGCAGAGAGACAUUACUACAACUGUGACUUCAGAGAAUGCCAUAAAAUCACAUCAAAGGUGAUGAGUGAAGACCCAUACAACAGUCAAUGUUUACCCAUUCAUAUUGCAGUUCUCGUGGAACUUAAGAAGCCUAAAGAUUUAUUUUACCUUUCUCACAAGCUUGUGGAUUUAUACCCUAAUGACCCUGUGUCAUGGUUUGCUGUAGGGUGUUAUUAUUUAUUGACAGAGAAAAGUGAGCCUGCUCGGAGAUAUCUAAGUAAAGCAACAACACUAGACCGUGUUUAUGGACCUGCCUGGCUGGCCUUCGGUCACUCGUUCGCGGCGGAGAACGAACACGACCAGGCCAUGGUGGCGUACUUCACCGCGUCCCAGCUGAUGAAGGGCUGCCACCUCCCUCUCUUGUACAUCGGACUAGAACAUGGAUUGACCAAUAACUUUAAAUUGGCGGAGCGGUUCUUCAGUCAGGCCCUCACCAUCGCUUCAGAAGACCCCUUCGUGUUACACGAGAUGGGAGUGAUAGCAUUCAAAAGUCAGGAAUGGUCUACAGCUGAGCGUUAUUUUAUGGACGCCCUGAGAAUAUUGGAAAACAUCGGUCAGGAAGUUGUUGUAGAAAAAUGGGAGCCAUUGCUGAACAAUAUGGGACACACCUACAGAAAAUUAAGGAACUAUGAGAAAUCCUUGGAGUACCACAAACGAGCUGGAAUCCUCUCCCCCCAGAACCCAUCCACCUACUCCGCCAUUGGUUACACCUACGUACUCAUGGGAGAUAACCUAAUGGCAGUUGACUACUUUCACAAAGCCCUUGGGAUUCGGCGAGAUGACCAAUUUUCUACCACCAUGUUGUCCAGUGUCAUCGAGAUUUUGAUGGGUGAGAUGGAUCCUUGUGAAGGUGCUUCAGAAGAUUUCCCAGCAUUCCCUACUCCGGGAAAGUUGGAGUUCUCUCAUAGCAGCAGUCAGGAACUGAGUGACCUUGACAUUAACCCUGAAGACAAUUCAAGCAUGGCCAUAGAGGAAGUGGACAUGGAUGACUGAGUCAAACUUAACAGUGGUUGGUUGAUUGUUGGAGGCUCAGUGAACAGAUGAACAGAGAGUUGAUCGGGAAAAUAAACGCUUCAGUUUAUAGACUGUUCAGUCUGUACUACCUCAGGAAUGUACAGAAUUGUAUUGGUGAUGUUUAAAUUGUCGCAUUGUCAUAUCUAGCUAAUUUAUGAUCAAUGUCAAACUAUAGAUAAAGUUGUUCAAAACUUGUGUCACACAUAGGAAGAUCUGAUACUUUCAAUUCCACUAUAUGUUGAAUAUAUUAAAUGCUCAGUGAGGCUGGUCUGAUGACAUCACAUUUCGUUUUAUGUAUUUUUAAAAGACUAACGUUAUGGAAAAUAUCAUAUGAUAAAUUCAACAUAACGUAAUAUUUCUGUGUUAACUGUGGUUAACAAUAUUUACAGUAUUUGCAUGCUAUAGAGUCAGUUCAUGUUCUGGGCAUUUGAAUCAAAUAUGUGAGAAAUUGAUGUAAUAAUUGGUUGAGUGACAUACGUGAAAAUCUUAUCAAUGAUCCACCAUCAAAGUUCUUUCAUUUAUACAUUACAUAUAGCUUACCUUCAGCAGGCAUGGACAGCAAUCAAUUUUCUUCAGAAUUUAAUUCUGUGUCGAAAAAGAGUGACUGUUCCAUUUGUAUCAAUAUGAAUAAAUGAACUGUCAAAUUGGUUCUGAUUGCAUACUGGUACACAAUCAUUGAUGAAAUUGAGAAAUAAAAGUACACUGAACA